UGUUGACAUUUUUUAUCGCGAUAGUACGUUCAAAAUAGCACGAGAAAGAUAAAAGUAAUGUUACCAUAAGAAAUAAAUUUUUCUGUAACUUGAUUGAAUACUGUUAGUGUACACCGCCAAGCACGGGUAGCUUUUGUUAGAGUUAACAUCCGGAUCUUACUGUUAAAGACGUACCAAGUGAUCAUGACACCGGCUGUGAAUAACCGACUCGCGCCGGCUAACCUCGAAAGUUUCAUAAAUGACACCCUCCGGGAGGAUCUGAAAACGUACGAGCAGCAGCUGAACCGAUUGAACGGGGAAGUAAUGGAAUAUGUACAGCUUAAAAAUAUGAUUGAAAACUUCCCCGACGGGGAAUUCAAGACGCAGGUCAACAUCGGCAGUAAUUUCUUUAUGAAGGCAAGGACGACUCAGGUGGACAAAAUACUGGUGGACGUUGGAUUGAAAUGUUACGUCGAGUUCAGCUUGGAAGAGGCACUGCGGUUUGUGGAUAUGAAGGUCAAAAUUUUAACGAAGCAAGCGGAUGUUAUUCGGGAUCAGAGCGUGGAGACGAAAGCAAAUAUCAAACUGGCACUGUUGGUGAUCGGAGAUUCGAGUGGACUACAUGCCAAUACGGAACGAUGAAGUUGAAUGUUAUGUUUUUUUUUUUACAAUGUGCUGACCAUAGAAUAGUGAAUUGAUUUCGGGUUGAAAGAUGAAAAUGGCCAAAUAAACGUACUGCAU